AUGCCUCAAUUCUCGCCAAACACCACGAGCACAACAACCACUCCCUAUACUUCCACAAAGAAUAAGGAAUUCUCGCGAAUUACUGAAGAGGAUCACCAUGCCGUUUGGAAUCAUCUAAGGAAUAAGCAUCUCGAUCAUUAUCUGUUACAGGCCAAUAAUAGUUUGGAUGAGUCCUCCGAGGAUUUUCUAAUCAUGAUGCAUAAGGUUAAGGAUAUGAUGGACAUGAGAAGGGGUUCCGUUCCAGUUGUCUUACCUUCGCAUUCUUCCUACUUUCAAGAUAACUAUGAAGAAGAUGAUCUGGUGAAUAUUUCAAUCGAUUUGAAAAGCUCAAUGGAAAUACCCAAAUACGCUCAACCCAGCCAGUCUUCUCUGAUGCAAGCAAGUCAGGGAAACCUAUUGGGUAGCAGUAUGGAUUGCUUUUGUUCCGCUUCUUCCUUGUCGUCGAUCCUCAUUAGCGCAGACGACAAGGAAGAAGCAUCACCGCCAGCGGUGAUUUCUCCAGCCACAACCACACAAAAAAACUCAAAACUUAAUAAGGACAUUGAAAUUCGGGAUGACUCCAUUAUUUUGUAUGGGAAUUUGAAAGAGAAGAAGGUGGAAGAUUCAUUCACGAUUGUGGUUUCUCCCUACGAAGAAAUUGUGAUUGAGAAAGUCACGGGUAAAGGAAAACUAUAUUGCUUUGACUAUUCGAGCAGUUCUGGAAAGAUGAAGAAGUUAUUGGAUAGUGAAGAUGAGAAUUUUGAGUUUUCUAUGUCAACGUCAGUAGAGGAGAUUUUAGAGAUGAAUCGAAAAUCCUUUCUCUCUAAUGCAGCCUCGGAAUCGAAAGGAAUUUAUGUGUUGGAGUCUGGACGAACCUACUUUUUUAAAUAUGUGAAAACACGUUCGAAGGACAGUGCCAUCCUGUAUUACCGCAACAGCUAUGCCUUGUAA